AAGUUCAGCUUAAAGUGUGGGAAAAUCAAAAACAAUAUGCGACUCAUAAUCUUCCACCUCAAUUUGCACAGUUAGUUCACAUAACGCAGUCGCCUAUCGUUCAAGUUAUCACUGAUGUUCUUGCCCCACAAGCAACUUAUUAUGGUGGUAGAAUCGUGCUACUCGGCGAUGCAUUGGCUGCAUUUCGACCACAUACUGGUGCUGGCGCGAGUCAAGCUGCUUUUGAUGCCUUACAGCUAUGGGAAAAUAUGAAGAACUGGCAAGAAUGGAUGAAGAAUAAAAGUUCGUAUGAAGAUCUUGUGAUGGAAUUUGCAAGAUAUGGCGUUCAACAUGGGCAAAAAUUGGGUAAUCUAUCUCAAUUUGGCCAUUACAAAGUUGAUGGAAAGUUAAAAAUGGGCUUCCUACCACCAUUUGAAAAGGCAUUGCAAUCUGAAGAAGAUGAGCUGUUGUAUGAUAAUUCAACUUGA